AUGACACUCGGGACAGUGUUGGGCUGCUCGGGAUCACUUGAUCGUGCCAAAUUUAGGAAGCCUCAUCUGGAAGGUGUGGAGAGUGUCGGUGUUGGUAUUGAGAAGAAAAUCACUGCGAGUGUCCCACAUUUCACUGACACCACUUCGGGAUCAUCAUCUGGACCUGAACCGAUUAGCAGCCCAACACUGUCCCGAGUAUCAUCGACGCUGUCAUCAGACUCACUCGUGGCCCUGUUUCCGUUUGAUUUAGAUAUUUUUCGUCCAACAACUCUGAAAAAGGAGAACUCUUAA